AUUUUAAGGGUUGAAAGCCAAAUUUUGUUCGCAACUUGUUGCGUUUUCCGCCACACAACCCUGUUUGACCACAACAAACCAACCAAAAGUCUUUAAGGAGUAAAGUUCAACAAAUCCUCACAGUCCUCAAAAUAUAAUUAAAUAAAAAAGCCACAGAUUCUGCAAAAAAACUGAGAUGUCGUUCAAGGACGUGCGCGACCUCGCUGAACACCUUAAGUUACUUGGCUAUCCACAUGUGUUUCCCCUACAAGCACUGGCAAAUAAUUUCGGCAGUCUCGCGUCGUUUCAUGUUGUCGUGGAGGUGCUGCAAUGGCUUGCUGGACUACUUGAACCAGGCGCUGUUCUCGCUGGCAGCGUUGAAACCGAAAACGACCGCGUGCUGCUCAUACGUUCCGCCACCGAAUUUUUCGUCACCAAAUCGGCCAUCAAACUCAAUCCACGCAAGUUGUAUGCCUCGUCUUCUGUAACUGCUGCAGAGUUGCAGAAAAUAACGCGUAUGUUGAUCGCUCCGCGACAGUCGGCUGAGGACAAAGAUGAAGAGGAGAACUAUCGCAGUCUCAAUCAGGUGGAUAUUGGCGAUAAGUUGGAUGAUCUGCGUCGCGCGCGCGAACUUUCUGCAGAUUUAACGCAGCGCGGCGUAGCGCUGCAUGAACUACUCGCCAAAGAAAUGCUACAUAGGGAAGCGCGCUUGGCACAGGCUAAUCGCCUAAUGGAGCUGGCGUCUGCAGAGCGUACUCUGAAGAAUGCUAUAGCGGCUGCACAACUAAAACUGCAGUCGAGCCGAGCGCAAUUGGAAAAUGCGCGUGUUGAAAUGAACGCCCUCACCUCGAAGUUGCAACGUAAACGCGCUGAGCUGGAGCGCACCAAACAGCGGCUGGAGGCAUUACAGAAGAUACGCCCCGCACACAUGCAAGAGUUCGAGGAUUGCGAGAAAGAAUUGCAAACAUUGUUUCAGAAAUAUUUUCUCCGUCUGCAUGUACGUGAUGCAUUGCGUGCACAAUAUGAAGCGCGCACCAAACGUAGCACCCCAGUUGCCUCGCCACUUCUGCAGAAGGCGCAAGAAUCAUCAAUGCCCUUCAUACCGGAGGGACUGAUGGAAGACGACGAUGAUAAUAAUGGUGAGGAGGAGCUGGAUGGCAGCGGUGUGCUGCGACGUGGCAAUUUCGGGUUGGAUGCGGAGAUACCCGACAUUCGAGAUGAGGACAUUAUGUUACGUAAUACGAAAUCUUAUAAUGAGUUCAUGGAUGAAACCGCUCGACGAAUGAAAAAGCGACCAGGUACAGCAACUUCACGUAACGGGCGCCCAAUAACGGGACGCACACGUCGUCCAACCGGCGGCGCUCACACACAGCGAUCAACGGCCGAUGAUGUUCUGGACGCUGGUGUUGGUGGUAUGGGCAGUACGUUAAGCAAUCGCGCUACAUUGGGCGGGGAGGAUGAUGAGGAUGACAGCUCCUUUGGUAGCUCGGAUAGUGAACUGGGUAUGGGUGGUCUAUUAAGUAUGGGACGCGGUCAGCCGCCAAGCGCUCUUUUGAGCAACUUAAAUUCCGAGUUAGGCGGCUUCAUCGACGACGAUUUUGAUCUCAAUUCUAUGGAUGACAUAAGCAUUUCCAAACUUACUGGGGAGUUGCCGCUACGUCCGAAAACGGCAAGUAAGCCGGAGCAUCACAGCGAUGAGGACUUUUAAGUCCUUUUAUUUAUAU